AUGCCCCAGAGCCUUGUUCUCGGAACGCCUUUCUUUCCACUCGAAUCAGUUCGACUGGGUAGACUAGUGCUCAACAUCAAAGAGCCCCAGCAAGACUACUUCGACCCACCGUGCCAGAGGAGCGAGGAUGCCUCGGUUCAAGAACACGAGGGAUACGGUGGUGUCGACAAUACUGGAAGCAAUCGAGAUUUCGUGUCGCUCUUAACCCGCCUUGUAGCCGCUUCCCAUAUCAAGCGCAUGCGCACGUCAACUCAAGUUUCGACCCCGCGGGCAAGGACCUACCAACUGCGCAACUCUGGGGUGUGGUUUCGACGUGCAUUGGAGGCCGAGGCCACACGAGACUGGGUUGAAGAAGCCGUUGACCAGGGGGACGAAGUGUAUCUCAUUGUCGGAUACCACACGUUCCAGGAUGCCCGUUUCAUGGAGCAUGCGGUCGAGAUGAGUGAAUCAUUCGCCCAGCUCAACCUCCCGAUUAACGCUGCAAUGCCGGGGAUCGGAGGCAGCGGGGCGGGGCUGGGCGCUAGUAUUGUCGGUGGUGAUAUUAGUGAUCCUGCAAUAUCUGGUUGUCAACAGUCAGCUCGCUCUUUGCAAAAACAUUUCGUGGCGACGGGAGAACAAGUCGUGGCGAUCCAGUACCGGCGCCUGCGGUUCCGGUGGUAUUCCAGUCGGAAUCUUGACAGGGCGGCAUUGGAAAAGAACCGCUGGCAUACUCGCUGGAAUAUGCGUGGGGAGCAAGACAAUGCGGUUGACGACGUCCUGGAGGCAGAUUUAGAGGAUGGGCCGGCACUGAAAGACCUGCCCUAUCAAGAGAGGGUUGACGUACAUGCUGUAGAAGACUGGGAGGUGUACUUGUAA